AUGGAUUUCAACGUAACCUCACGAAAACGAGCCGCACCUUCAGUAGCGCAGGGUCCCGGCACGGUCGGCGCCGACGGUCGCGGCGUAGGUCUGUCGGGAUGGAAAUCCUCCGCAGGAAGCGGCGGAGCUUCCGCGUGCCAGCUGUCGAUGUACGACGAGGCGCCGGUGGGGGAAGAGGUGGCCAUGGAGCAAUUCGAGGAGUUCGCGCUGGACCGGCUCCGGGUGCUCAAGGCGAUCGACGACGCCAAGGCGCGCGGAACAAAGGUGGACGAGCUCGACAGCAUGGUGUCAGACAUAUGGCGGAAGUACAUGCGAGCUGGAUGCUCAUUGGCUGACGCUCGUCGCAAAGACGUCAUAUCGCACUACAUCCUGCGACUCGCCUACUGUCGCACGGAGGAGCUACGGCGGUGGUUGUUGGCGCAAGAAUCGGCUCUAUUCCGCCACAGGUUCCGAGCUGAGACCCCUGAAAACCAGAGGUGGUUUUUGGAGAGCAAUGGCCUUCCCUAUCGUGCUAUUGGCGCAGCAGAGAUGACGGGAGUGCGAGAGAAGCUCACUCAAGUGGCCAGGUCCCUAAACCUACCUGUUCCAAAUGUCGACAGUGUCUUCUACAAGGUUCCAUUCGAGGAGGUUCCUGAUUUGGUGGCUUCUCGCAGGGUUUAUCUCGAAAAGGGCUUUGCCUUUGUCCCCAGAGACCAGCUGGCGGCCAUUGUGGUUGGUCAAUUUCGAGCCAAGCUGUCCAAAGCACUCGUGGCAACCAACAGGAAGUGGCUUGCCCACAUACAAGAAGACGAGCAAGAACGCCUGACACCAGUGAUUGAGGCUCUCAGCACACGCUAUCUAGGCCCUGACUUCUCCCAGCCUGGCGAGACUGCUGAGGUGUCGCUCCGUGAUUUGGACAUUGUGGCGCGGCAGUCUUUUCCGCUCUGCAUGCGACACCUCUUCUUCAAGUUGCGGGAGGAGCACCAUUUGCGGCACGGGGGCAGAAUGCAGCUAGGGCUGUUUCUUAAGGGCAUCGGGCUGAGAUUGGAGGAUGCACUCACAUUCUGGCGCUCUGAGUUCUCCAGAAAGAUGGGUGCGGAGCGGUUUGACAAGGAGUAUGCGUAUUCGAUCCGGCACAACUACGGCAAGGAGGGCAAGCGAACGGACUACACUCCCUUCUCCUGUGUGAAGGUCAUCAUGAGUACACCUGGGGUGGGAGAUCACCACGGCUGCCCCUUCAAGCACUUCAGCGAGGACAACUUGAGAGCUGCCCUUUCUCGCAUGGGGGUGUCGUCAGGAGCAGCCAUGGAUGAGAUCAUGCAGAAGACACGGCAGCAGCACUACCAGAUUUCCUGUGCUUUGACAUUUGAAGCAUCGCAAGGUGCUCCAUGCCCCACGGGGAUCACACAUCCGAAUCAAUACUUCAUGCUCAGCAGACAGGUUAUUGAGGGACGAACUCAACCAGCUCUCCCACAAGGGCAAGGACAACAACCACGGCAUCCAGAGUCAAAUGCUAAUAAUCCAAGGUCGGAUGCAGCUGGUAGCAACAUUGGAAGGGAGGGGACAACGGAUCCAUGUUCCUUGCAACGUGCGGCUGGAGGGGAUGCGAGACCCCAGCUAGUUAUUGGAGAGAUGAAUGUUGACACCUGA